AUGGCGGUAUUGGAGGCAUUUUUUGCUCUAUUGCUGUUUAUAUUACUGUGUUACCUCGGCAUUCUUUUUGGUCGUCUGGUGUUUGUGUAUACCAUUGAGCGGCGUACCACACACUUUUGUUUUGUUGUUAUCUUUGCUCUCUCGACACUGAUUUUUAGCCUUGUGCUGCUGGACGCUUCAAAACUCGGAGUUCUUAUCUUCUCCGUGAGUUUUAGCACCCGUGCACUUCGCCUCGCUCUUGUGGCCGAUCUUGCCGUCAUCUCGGUGCUGUGUCCCUUCUGCAUUGCCUGCUUGCUGCUGCACAAACUGCACUUCCGUCGCAGUUAUUCGUUGCUAAUGUGCUGCGGCCUCUUUGUUUUCAUUUGCAGGGACCGGGUGCUUUUGGUUGAGUGGAUCCGCCGACUGUCAAGAUUUAGUCUUCCGUGGGAUUCGGCAAUGACGGUGUGGAAUGCGGUCACCACGGGGACUGCUCUGAUGGGCGUUCUCGCUGUGGGUGUCCUCUCCGGUUAUGCUGCCGUGACAACGCCUGCCGCGUUCCUGCGGCCGCUUGUGGUAAAAGACAGCGGGGAGAGGGCACGGGCGGCGCUGGGCGUGUUGGCGAAGCGACAGCGCCAUUUGCUUUCUUUGUGGGUGAAGAAGCAGUGCCAAAUCGCGGAGACAUGGCGUGGUGGAGCGCCAUUGACUUCCAGCGCGGACUCGGGGGGACGUGUGUGGAGUUGGAUGGCGAAAUCCGUCCGCGGAAGAAUUCUUGUCGAGAAGGGCGACGACAUUGUUAGGUUGAGGGCGGAAAAUGACGGCAUACAGGCCGUUAGCAUGGCUGUUUUCCUGCAGAUGAGUGAGAUGGACUCGUUGGUGCGCUUAGCGGAGAGUGGGGCUACAUGGCGUGGAUGGGUGAACGCACUGAUUGGCGUCGUGUUGCUUCUACACGCCUUUUUGAAGCUUCUCUUCACCACCAUCAACCUGCGGUGGUUUAUUUUCCCUGUUUCUUCCGCACCCCCGCUUUCGGAGGAUACGGCAACUCGGGUGGUGCGGCUUUUUGAAACGUACGGCCUUGCGACCCCAACUGGCGGAGAGAGCGAUCAGCGCAUCGUGUGGGUCUCCGUGUUCCUUAACGCAUGGAUGAUUGUGAACUCCGUCCGUGGUUUACUGCUGACAGUCUUUCGGCUGGUAACGACGUACACGACAUUUCUGAGCGUGGAUACGACUGUGCUGGGUCUAACGGUAGGAAUGGGUGCUUACUUUGUGGGACAGCUGUUACUGCUACGUCUUUCUCCGACGGUGGAGAGUGAGAGUGUUCUGUCCACAGUACUUGAGGAGCAGUUACCGAGAAGCGACAUGUAUUGCCAUCUGAACGAUCUGGUAUUUGUCAUGACAAGUAUUGUCACAUUGGUGGCACAACGGUGCAUGGUGCCUCUUCAAGCUGCCACGCUGCACUCUAUUGCGGAGUAG